AUGCCGCCUGCCAGGAGCCCAACUCUCCCUGCGACAGCACAUACAGCGAGUCCUAUACCCCCAGACCGUAUUCUCAAGUCGCGCUUUUCAGACCAGUCGCUCGAGAGCAAUAGAAAGGGUAGGCUAGGGUUGCAGCGAGGAAUGGAUCCCAUAAAAGAUGCCGCUGCCUGGUCUGCCAGAAACCCAGGCACUGAAGCGGCUACUCCGAUCAUUAACGUUUCUGUCACAACCCAUCUCUCUCCUCCACCCAACUCUGCAUCUGCCGACGCCGUCGAACUCGACGUCGCUCUUGCCGACGAGCUCGACUACAUCACCGUCAAUAGUACCGCCGACUCUAGUCCUAACGCCCUUGCUUCGCGUCCAGACAAGGCCUCAAGAAUACUGGGCAUCAGACAUCGCAAAAGCAUGGAGCCCAUACCCGCCUCCGCUCGUAAUUCAAUCGUAUCCACUCGUUCACUGCGCGAUCCGCCCCCUGUAGCUUCUUUUGUACCAACUUUACCUUUAACAUCUCUAUAUGUCGUAUCUGGCCUGCCCAAAUCACCCCAUACAUGGACCCUCGCCGAUCCCGAUUCUGUUCUGGGAUUGCACCACAGCGAAAGCGCUGUUAACCGCUGGUGGAGACCAGAGGUUUUAGGAAGCACCGUCAGUCCAGGUGCUGGAGGGGGGAAGAAAAAGAAACGCGGAAAAAGUGAGGAAGUUUCCAAGGGCGCUGGAGCGCUCACCAAACAGGAAGUUGGCAAAAUGCUGUCAAAGGCCCUCAAACUCUCGUUCACUCGUGAAGUUGAGGUUAUUGCUUCAACUCUUCAACCUGCAUCCACUAUACACACAUUCACUUUUAAUCUACCUGCACCCAAUACACCCCUCGCCCCCACUCCUUCGGGCGACCUGCUACGCGCCUCCGUUCUCGCAAAUCCAGACAAUCGCUCUUCCGCUGCGAGUUUUUCGUAUCCGUACAGUGACGACCCCUUUGCCCGCCCAUCAUCCGCCUAUCUCGGACCUCCGAGCCUGUUGGAAAGGGGCGCCCACAGCGCCCCUGCAGGCGUUUCUGGGAACAACGCUGGUGAUAUAAACCCAUCUUCAAGCAAUACCAUCGCGUAUUACGGCGUUUGCUUGACCGUCUGGUCGCACGCGGAUGCCGAACGCAGCAGCGCGAUCCGACGCACCCUUGAAGCUGGGAGGUCCCGAAAGGAAUCUGCUCAAUCUGCCGUCGCCUCCCGCCUGAAAAAUCUAAGGGCAGAUUUAUCAGGUUCGGCGAGCGAUACUCAGGAUCCCACAAGUCAAGCUCGACGCAGUGCCAAGAGAAACUCCAGAGGACCUUGGGCCGAUGUCGAGACUGACGGCGAAACUGAGGCGGACGGUGCCAUGAGUGAGAGCGACUUUGAAGUCGCAAGCACAAUUGGUCACGGCCCUGGUGAGAGCACUUUAUUCCUACCAGGCGACACUGUCUUCUGGCUUCCAUAUGCGCUCACUCUCGUAUCUCGCCACCCUGUCUACGAUUUAAUGAGAGAUUAUCUGACACUAUCAUGGGCCCGCUUCUCAAAGGAUGUUCAAUCUCACACCCUUCAAAUAUCCAAAAUUCUUGCCCACCCAGCACCUCGCGCAGGAGAUUUGAUUAAGCUCGAUGCCAGUCCCAAGAAUGAUGGCAGCGACUCCAACUUGGAAGUUGUUGCUCGGUUCCCUGGAGGACUUGAUUUCGGCCGAGGAUUGGUUGACAUCAAUUUCACGAUGUGGCCUCUCUUCAAGUGUUUGAGUAUCGAUAAUAUCCUAACAGUAUGUGAGAUCGCCCUGGCACCCACUGGAAGAGUUAUCUUCUUCUCCAGAUAUCCAGCUAUGCUCGGUAUUGCUGUGUGUACCAUUAAAUAUCUCGUGGAACUGCGUGGAUGGAAUGGUAUUGCUCUGCCUGCCGUCCACUCUCGCGAUGCAAAGAUCUAUAUUGAUGACCCUGGCCCGUGGAUUAUGGGUCUCGCCACGGAGGCAAGAUAUAGCGUCAGAGCAGCUCCAGAGGUGUGCAUAUGCGACCUGGAUAUCAACUACUUGAGUUGCCCUUCGCCCCCACCAAACAUGGUGUCUACCAAACAGCAACGGGAGAAAUAUAGACAAAAACUCCUUGCUGCUUUUGACACUCACUAUCACCCUGAUCAUUCUGUACCUAGUGAAUUCAAAGAGGCUUUCCCAGCUGGACGAUUUAGGCCUGUGUGUAAGAUCCAAGCCAAGCGUGGAGCGUCCUCUGCUGCCGUCGCGGACCAAAUUAAACCUCCCGAAUGGUGGCAUUCGACCCGCAUUAUUCAAGCCUUUGACAGUGUCCUUGCAGACAAGUUCAAAAAGCCUUCCUUCCUCAAAAGAAUCAGCAUGUUCGGUAACCCUAGGCGCCCACCCCAGUUGACCGCUGCCGAACAGCUCAUCCAGCAUUCGAUUCGCAAACGUGCCACCGCAUUCGUCGAUGCUCGUGACGAUCUUGAGACGAAGAUUGGGAGACUCUCCCGCAGACUUAAUUUCCUCAUGACGGAGUCUGACUUGUGGCGAGAUAAAUUCGUUACUUUCGAACAGUAUGCUGAGAAGUUGAGCGCAGAGGCGAACCAAUUGAGGACAAAGAUCAACAAAGAGCAGAGAGAAACCAAGCGCCUUUCUGGUCUCGUCACGUUGACCGCUGUGGAAAAGACCAAGCUCCAGAAUCAAUUGCGAGAUACUGAGAAUGCUCAUAAAGAGGCCAUAUUAGAACUUGAACGCAUGAAGGAAACCAUGGACCGGAUGGAACAGGAACGUGCUGAGAUGGUUGCUGAGGUUGAGGCUCAAAUCGAACGAGCCUUGGCUUCAAUGGCUGUCGAGAUGGAUGAUUCGGACUAUGGUAGUUCAAGGCCUAACAGUCGCCUCUCAAACAUCUCUGGUACUCGUUCAAGACGCGCCAGCGAUGCUGCUAAGUCGAGGCAUCUCCGCUCAUUUGGCACUGAAUCAACAUUGGCCGAAUCCUACGGAAUCGAAGCCGUAGAAGAGGAAGAAACCAUUGCUGACAAGCCGAGAGGGACAGAGACCAUUCUUGAGGACGAUGAAGAAGAGCUCUCUGUGAGCAAGAAGAAACGGUUUUCUGCCUCUGACGUUGAAGUACCUCAAGAUGGCAUGAAUGCCGUCGACGAAGGCAUCAGCCAAAAGAGUGAGAAUAUUGCACAAAAGGUUUUGGAGAUUCAGCAAAAGCUUGAAUCCGCGCUUUCAACGGACCGCCGACCGACCAGAUGGAAAUCUCACUCUUCUACUCAGGAAAGUGGCGAAGACUCUGAGGUUGGAUCUACUCGAUCGCGCCACUCUCGAACCCGGCGUACAAAUGGUUCUAAUAAAGCUUCGUCCAAACCCAGAACAAGAAGCGGAACAACAUCAUCCACACAAACAAGCACCCCUACUAUCAAACCAGAGGAACUUAAGAAGGCUGCGUUGCCGCAGCUCAAACCCGCCUUGAGCAGUCCGGUUGAAUCAGAGAGCAAGACACCUACUCGCGAAACCUUCUUUGACGAUACCCUCGAUGAAUCUGGCGAAAAGACCCCGGAACUUGUUCCUUCUGGUGAAAAUGAAGAUAUUGCGCAAAAGGCUAAUGUCAGUGCGGCACCUGUCCCGCAGCCUAUUGGACUCACAGAUGACUCGGAUACCGAUUUCCAAAGCGCUUACUCCCGUUCUACCAGUCCUCGUGAAAGUUACGUUAGUAUUGAAAAUCUUGACAUCGAGGCUACCAUUCUUCCUGACGGUUCGUCUGCCGAAAAUAUCGAAGAUCGCUUAUCCGCGCCUCCGAAAAGCAGAAGAGAGCGAGUCUCCAGUACAUCCACCACUAAAGAGAUUUCAGAACCCCUCCCUGCGCCGUCUUCCUCCACAACUCCUAUUCCAGUGCGAGUGCGUGUAGCCAACAUCGACAAACGUGCCUAA